AUGGAUCGAGGUGCAAACUGUUCGUCGUUGGAAGCAGACAUCACGUCUGAUCGCUUCUCUACUCAACUGAAUAGCACAGCUCUGCCAUCUUUGGACGAAUCAUUAGAUCCUUCUUCUUGUAAUCGAAGUAAAAAACCAGAUCUCAAGCUCUCGCCAAUCUUGCAUGACAGCGAUAGACGAACAGUUUUUAGCAAGCGAGUGAUUCGGUUCAAAUGUCGUGGUGAAAGUCCCUUAGUUAAGAAUAGCCAUUUGGAGUCCCACCACCAGCUUGAUGAGAUUUCAGAAAUCCAUUGUGAAGGGGAUGAAGAGUCGAGCCAACUACCACAUUCUGUUAAUCAAACUUUUGAAAUAAGCCAGAUAAACAAAGAGAAUGAAGCACCAGGAACUUCGACUCCUGAAAGAAAUGCCAGCGCUCAAAUACCUACUCAUUCUCGCUCUACAAACUCAUUUGAAAGCCGACUACUCGAAACGCUUCACACAAAUACGUUUAGUCCUAGUGUUCUUGCUAUAUCUAACAGUCCGGCGUCACCAGAGGAAUUCAAAUGGUCCAUUGAAGAGCUGUCAGUCUUGAAACCCGCUCAUAUUACCGAUGAGGAAAUUGCACAGAGUGCAUACUCGCCAGACCCUGAACAAGAGGCAAAAAUUCAAGCUAUUCUUGAUGAGUAUUGGAAGAAUAACACUUGCUAUAUCCCGUCCCCUGACGUUCCAGUGAAGACGCCGCUGUGUGACAUGGUUCGAAUUAGCGCGGCAAUGCGUAUGAAAUAUUCCACAUCAUCGCCAAAAGCUCGCCCUAAUGUAUCGAAUUUGUCACGUCGUGGCAGUUUUGUUCAGCAACCACGAAACAAGCAGACACAGACUGAAGUAACAAUAGCUCCAUCCAUCGACUUCGACUUUGCCCAAUACUUAGGUCCCUCGUGUAUCUACAUGUCCUCAGAAGAAUGUGGUGAUGAUUCGGUGUUUAACACCACAGCUUCAAGUGCUGGUUCACUGCGUCGGCGUCUGUUUUCAGAAGGAGAUGAUGCGGCUCCCGCAUUUUGCAGUCCGACAGACUUUGAUAAUGGCGAUCAGUCUAUGGAUGGCAGCAAUCAGAGCAUAGUACGAUUCGAUUUAGAUGGCGUUAGCAAUUCAUUUGAAGGAUUCUCGGAAAUAGACCUCUCUCCUAUUGACAAAGAUUCCUGA